AGACUUAGCCAACUGUUGCCAGUACCUGUGAAAGAGGGAGGCAAAAUCUCUGAUGGGGACUAGAGUGAAUCUCAACUGUUGGACUGGCCUUCACACAUGACUCAGUAGCAGAAUGAAUCACAGCUCAUAGCCUACUUAGAGCAGGAGGAAAGGCAACCUUGUCGCCGUAGUAAGGCACUGACGAGUGUUCAGAGGAGGCAUCUUCUGACAGCAGUGCUUAAAGAAGAAAUGUAACUUCCUCUCUGCUGGGAACUGCAUGUUUCUGGCAUCUGGACACUGACAGAACUCUGGCGAAGACGUGAUCCAUCCCAGCCCACAGACAAAUAUGAAGUUCUUCUGGAUAAUCCCAUUUUUCCUGCUGCAAGACACUGGAGCUUUUCUGAUGAAAAAUGCUAAAGUCAAGCUGUGUUUACAAGCCAGCCCGAUGAAUGGGAAUUUAUUUCUGGAGGACUGUAAUCCAAAGUCAGAUUUCCAGGACUGGUCUUGGCAAGGCGAUUCCUUGAUGAAUCAUGGCACGCAGAGCUGUCUCUCCGCAGUGGGGGCUGACAGAGUGCAGACAAGUCUCUGUGGCAGUGGGGGCUACACGAGCUGGGACUGCUUGAAUUCACUGCUCUCUCCUCUGGGCAGCAGCCAGGGCUACCUGGUGGCAAACAAGAAAGGAGUCACUCUCAGUAGCAUGGCAGGUCUGAAGGCCCGAUGGCAAGAUGUUGCAGGCAGGAGCGUGUGCAAUGAGAAAGCAGCCAAGGCAGAGCAAGACAGAUACUUCGCUGCAGCCCUUGCCAGCACACAAGUGUAUGACCACACAGCAGGCAACGCGACCCUUGUGUUGGGUAUAAAUCAAGAAGAGCUGGAGGAGCUGCUCUGGUUCUUCCGCAGAGAAGACUCAUCACUGUGGAAUUACUCCAUCCUUGCGCUUUCCUUCAUGGCCAUGAUUUUGGGUCUUUUCCUUCUAUCCAUUAACAUUGUGCAAAACAGAAAAAGGAAGAUCUAUGUGUUCAGAGAAGCAGUGCAAACCACUCAGCAGGCUGAGCUGGAAGCCAAGCAAGCCUUGAUGCCUCGGCAGGAAAACAGCCCGGAUGAACCCCGCAAGCAGGAGCCAGUGCCCCAGGAUCAGAGAUUGGGAGAAGUGGUGGUCCAGUGGAAGGACGGGACUAUCACAUCUCUGUAUGCAGAGAGCUCCGAGGAUGCCUUAUAA